GAUAUAGAGAUGCACAAGAGGAUGAAAGCUAUAGGCAACCUUAUUGCGCUGCAUACGCCAGAUGUUAUAUGUUUUCAGGAGGUUACUCCAGAAAUAUAUGACAUUUUUCAUCACUCUGGUUGGUGGAAAAUGUAUUCUUGUUCCAUUUCAAAUGUGAUGGAAUUGACGAGAGGAUACGUCUGCAUGCAAUUGAGCAAACUUGCAGUGAAAUCCUACAGUUGCAAGCCAUUUAGCAAUUCUAUAAUGGGAAGGGAACUCUGUAUUGGUGACAUUGAAGUUGAGAAAGAUAUGACCUUGGUUGUUGCUACCAGCCAUCUUGAGAGUCCUUGCCCUGGGCCACCCAAGUGGGAUCAAAUGUACAGCAAGGAACGUGUGGAGCAAGCCAAGGAACUGGGAUGACAAAUUGGAUGGUCAAUUUCCUCCAACUGAUGGAUGGAUUGAUGCUUGGGGAAAAAUGAAGCCUGAAGAAAUCGGAUGGACAUACGACACCAAGUCAAACAAAAUGUUAAGCGCCAACAGGACACUACAGAAACGUCUGGACAGGAUUGCCUGCAAACUGCAAGAUUUCUGUAUAAGUGAUGUAAAGAUGAUUGGGAAGGAUGCAAUCCCAAAUCUCACAUACAUCAAGGUGAAGAAAGUGAAGAGUGAAGUUAAGAGACUGACAGUACCUGUUUUGCCUAGUGAUCAUUAUGGUCUACUUUUGGAGAUCUCUCCUCAGUAGUCCAAAGUUGAGAGAUGUAUUGCUUAUUAUUCUCUCAGUAUCAAUGAAUGUAAAAAGGGUCUUAAAAGCUUUUGCAGAGAACUUGUUUUUGUGUACAUUGCUACUACUUUACUAGUGCUCAUGUUUGCACAAGAGGAUAUAUAUUCUAUGCCUUGUAGGCUUCUUAUGAUAU